AUGGGUGGCAACAUGGAAGGAACUACCAUGAUUUCUAGCGAGUGGACCGACCCCGGGUCGGCUGCCUUUGAUUUUCGCAGCGAUACCGUUACGCGGCCAACAAGACAGAUGUUGGCUGCCAUAGCAGACACGACAUUGCAAGACGAUGACUUCAGAGAGGAUCCAACAACCUUGGAGUUGGAGGCGAGGGUUGCAGAGAUGAUGGGCAAGGAGGCAGCGCUGUUCGUGAUCAGUGGUACGAUGGGCAACCAGCUGGGUGUACGAGCGCAACUAAAGGGCCCACCACACAGCGUGCUCUGCGACGCUCGUAGUCAUCUCGUAACGCAUGAAGCAGGUGGGGUAGCCAGUCUGAGCGGCGCAAUGGUGGAUUGUGUGAGCCCGGCCAACGGACUCUAUUUGACGCAGGCAGAUGUCGAGGCGCACUUCAACCGCGGGACUUUGAUUACCGACUGCCCUACACGGCUGAUCGUCCUAGAGAUCCCCCUAGGUGGCGUGAUUAUGCCACUGGCUGAUUGUCGCCGCAUCAGCGAGUGGGCGCGCGCCCAAGGCAUCACACUGCAUCUGGACGGGGCACGUUUGUGGGAGGCUGUGGCUGCUGGGGCAGGGUCGUUGUGUGACUACUGCUCCUGCUUCGAUAGUAUCAAUCUUUGCUUUUCCAAAGGGCUGGGCGCCCCAAUUGGUUCAGUUUUGGUCGGGUCAAAGGCCUUGACCAAGCAAGCUCGCUGGAUCCGCAAGAGUAUCGGUGGGGGCAUGCGGCAAUCCGGGGUCGUGUGCGCUGCGGCCCGUGUCGCCGUCGAGGACACCUUUCUGGGCGGACAAUUACAGCGUUCUCAUGCUCUUGCUCGGGACAUUGCUUCCUUCUGGGAGACCCACGGCGGCAACCUGGUCUAUCCGGUGGAAACGAACAUGGUGUGGUUGGACUUCAAGCCUCUGGCCUGGGGCCCCGAGAGGUUGAUUAAGCGCGGUGUGGAGCUCGGAUUGAGGUUUAUGGGUGCCCGUCUGGUCGUGCACUACCAGAUUAGCGACGAAGCGAUAAUCCGACUUAAGGGCCUGAUGCGUGAGAUACUAUGUAGUUAA